AUGGUUCUGCGCUUGGCCCUGGAACGCUCCCAUGAGGAUCCUGUCAUUAAAAGAUUCCUGGCCUGGGACACAAAUCUGAGGCUCUCGGACAAGUAUCUCCUGCCCAUGGUGAUAGCUUAUUUCAGGCUGGGCCUCUUCUCCUGGCAGGACCAGCCCUGUGAGUAUUUUGCUUAUUCUCAUCACUACCUGGCCGUGGACAUGGAGGAGAAUUACCACGCCCCUAAACAGGCCAUGCUGUCCUUCCUCUAUGGGGAGAACAUCUGCUCCCAGCGCCCCUUGUUCCACAAACUGCGACUCCAGUUCUUCCGUUCCAUGGACUGGAGGGCGAGGGUCACGCGCGAAGAGUGCGAAGAGAUCCAGGCUUUUGAUCCAGGGCUCUGGGUGUGGAGGCGAGAUCGCGCCCUCCUUUCCGAGACCACCUAA